AUGGAAACGAAAAAUGAAGAAAAACCCGCUGCAGAAAGGACAAUUUUCGAUGCCAUAGGCGUAAAUGAUUUCAUAGAAUUCAAGAAUAUAUUAGCCCAACACAAAGGCACCGUCGAUUUCUUCGACGAAAAUGGUAUGACUGCGCUACAACAUGCCGCUUAUAAGGGGAACAAGGACAUGGUGCAACUCCUUCUCGAUAGGGGUGCAGACGUAAAUUCAGGCAAACAUGAGUAUAACUAUACUGCUUUGCACUUUGGAGCAUUAUCGGGGAACUCUGAGGUGUGUAAACUUCUACUGGACGCGGGGGCCAAGUCAACGACUACAAACUCUGUCGGCCGCACUGCCUCGCAAAUGGCGGCAUUUGUGGGUAAUCACCAUACUGUCGCCACUAUCAACAACUACGUACCGCGUAAUGAAAUCGCUUAUUUCAGUGUCAUCCAAGGCCAACAGACUGAGCCAUACCUACCUGGCUUUCUAGUGGAUCCUUUGCAUAAGUUUGUCUUGGGAGUCAACAUACAUCCUGUGAGAUUAGCGCUACAUCUUCAACACAUACCUAGCUUACUAGAAAAUGCUGAAAAAGUCAUAAAGGUUCUUGAACUGAUGUGCAAAAAAGAGAUGACGAGAGGAGGUGACACCAAUGAAGUUAUGGCCUUCAAAUACCAUUACCUUGGAUACCUCAUAAGAGAAAUCCAUAACAUUAAAGAUAAGAAAGUAAAUACAGACAAGGAUGAGAAGAAGCAUGAUGUCAUUGAAGUUUUCGCAAAGAAACUGCUUAAACCUGGAAAAGAUGGAUUUUCUUUAGACUUGAUGGAUGCAUUCCUGAAAGAUUGUGUGAGAGAGUUUCCUUAUAGAGAAUGCACCACAUUCCAUCAAAUGGUUACCUCCUUGACAAGUAAAGACCCUCCGCCAGCACUAUCUGUAAUCAACUGUACUAUCAAUGGACAAAGAGGAUUUGUUGAUGCCAUUCCUUAUUGUAGCACCUGUGGAGAGGAGAAACCAGCCAAGAAGUGUUCCAAAUGUAAAUCAGUGCAAUAUUGUGACCGGGAGUGCCAGCGCCUCCACUGGUUUGUACAUAAAAAGGCAUGCAAUAGAGAGUCUAGCACCCCAGCGCCCACAUCGAAUUCGAAAGUCAAUAUUGAUGCAAACGAACUAAGCUCCCAACUUCAGAACCUCAUUACUGGAUAG